AUGGACUUCUGCGCCACCUAUAAACGGCUUCUUACUUUUCGAGAUCUUCCACAAACGGAUGGGAUUUGUAAACUGACACUAGCCGAGAAUGGGUUUUACCUCAAAGAUGCUCAAGCUAGCUGCUUUACUUGCAUGAGUUGUAGGAUUGAGUUCACCCCUACAAGUUUUCCAAAAGAACAAAACAGAUGGCACGAUACAUCCUGUCCAUUUCAUGUUGACCAUCCACGGUAUCAGCAGCUAACGCAGAAUUAUGGCUCAACAUAUGCUGAUCAGAGCAGUUUGUUAAGACCAUCUCGCUCCAACAUAAGGCAAGAGACAGGCAUGGAACAGGAUCACAUUUUUUAUUCAGUACAUGAAACAUACAGUGGAGGUGCCUACAAUAUUGUUGAACAAAACUGUGAGGACGGCGGUAUACAAGAUGUUCCAAACGAUGUAUUACCAACACAAGAUGAAAACGUAGAAGGUUCCCCCUACAAUCCUUACCCAACUUUAGAGCAAAGUGUUGUAGACGUCCACAAUCAUCAAAACUCCACGCAAGAAGAAAAUAUAAAUAGUGCCUUCUACAACGUUAACUCGAAUCUUAUGGAAACUAUGGAAAAUGCCGGGACAAUUUUAAAUGGAAUACAUGAAGAAACCAUGACAGGAGCCUCUAACUACAUGAACCAGAUACAGGAGACUACGACGCCGGACGCGUCUCAAACUCUGACAUCCAGUUCCGUUCCUCUGUCCGCUCCAGUAUCAAUGCAUCGAGAACGCUCCAAGAGAGGUUCUCAAUCUGUGGUGGUCUCACUAGCUGAGGCCAAAUCAUUGGGGGCUGCAAGUCGUUUGUCACAUGAGACACACCCACCAGGAAACAGUGAGAGUUGAUAUUAAUUGAUGAGAUUUGAUAGUUGAUGAAAAAUUAUAGUUGAUGACAGUUCUAUAUUUGAUGAUUGCUUUAACUAAGAACCAAGAGCUCUUGAAGGUUUGUACUUUGUCAAAAUCUACUUCGACUCUAUAUUUAAUUUUUUUUAUCAUUGCUAAACUAUAUUUUUAAAAUGGGUUAAAGAUAAAUUUUUAUUUUAAAAAAAGGUACAUGGUUUACUACUCCCUAAGGGUAUAGGGUAAUUAUGAUUAAUAUACUCAUUCACAGUGCUUAACAUGAUAUUAGAAUGUUAGCUUAUACAGUAACAAAAUGACCUCAAAAAUGUUGCGGAGAGAGAGAGGGAGAGAGAGAGAGAGAGAUGUGUGUACAUGGGAUUUUUUAUAUAUUAUGAUGUACAUACAUUUAUAAGUAAAGUUUUUACUUACGUUAUAUAGUUUUGAAAUACCGAAAUCGAUCCAGUAAUAUAUAUAUAUAUAUAUCACAUCGACACAACCUUGAUAAAGUAGGCGUACAUUUCAAAACCUAAUUUUAAAACAAUGACUAUUUAUAGUUCCACAGCACACUACAACAGCAAAAAUCGUUUCAUGUUGUUUUUACAAAAUAAACAUGUGAUAACACUUAUAACACAACAAAUGCUACACAUUAUUUUAUUCUCUCAAAAUAUAAAAAUUAUAAUUCACUUAUUGCCCACACUUUUGAAUAUGUGUUGUAUUUUAUUUAAUUCGUUAUAUAAUAUCAGUAAUAUAAUAAAAAUAAUUCGUGUUCUGCAAUGUAAGACCAAAACUACGGCUUUUUGCGAAACGACGCAUGAUCAUAUUUAUAUACAUCGUAAGUCUGAAUCAGCCUAUAUAUACGGAAAUCCACAGUCGACUGUAUAUAUUUUUGGGGGAAUUACCGUAGUGACGUGUUUCGUCAUUGGUAGAGUCAGCAUCUAAAAAUAUACAAUUCUGUUUCCUUUAAAUCAAAGCUUCCUAGAAAACAAAAGUUUAAAACGUUUCUACUAUAAUGUGAAAUCCUAGUAUUUUUGUUUAAUAAAAUAUUAUUUUCCUAUUGUACAUUUCAAAUAAUAUCAGCUAUGUCAUCGUACAUUGUUUAAAAAUUAUUUUUAUUUGUUUUCUUUUUAACAUAAAACCAGCAUUACAAUUCAACUCUAAUUCAAUUGAUGUUUAACAUUCAUCGUCGAGAACUUUCCAAACCUGUAAAGUUCUAUAACUACAUUAAGUUAUAACAUUAAAGGCAACGAUACAACACAGCUUGAGAAGAUCAAGCAUGUAGUAACUACGCUUCAUUAAUUCAUUAACUUUAUGUAUGGUUAAUCUAAUUGUGUACAUACUAAUUUUACCAUAAAAUGUCUCAAAAAACAAUAAA